AUGGGGGACGAUCCUGCAAGGCUGUACCGGUUGGACGGGGUUGCUCAUAUAGCCGGGGUCAUCAACGACGAGCCGCAGCGAUGCAUUAGGAGCAUGCGGCGGCAACAAGGCAUGCCACUCGAUGAGCGUUAUGUUCCCUACUUACAGAUGGCCGAGUUAUACCAUCUGGCUAGGCUGAACGAUAGAUGGUUCCGGUUAGAUGAGCCCCUUGUCAGCGCCUUCGUCGAGCGGUGGCAUCCUAAGAUGCACACCUUCCAUAUACCCUUCGGAGAGUGCACGAUCACGCUUCAGGACGUGGCGUACCAGUUGGGGUUGGUAGUGGAGGCGUUAUGUCAGCGGUUGCCUUACAGAUUUCCAUAUGAGACUUUCGGAGAGUGUCCCGAGGGAGCCGAUGAGGAGACUGUGCGGCGCUUUGCUCGUGCCUAUAUCAUGAUGUUGUUGGGCACUCAGCUGUUUGCCGACAAGUCCGGCAACUGCAUUCACAUCAGAUGGCUUCCCUACGUAGCUAGGCUUGAGGAGAUGGGUUCCUACAGUUGGGGGUCUGCAGCAUUGGCAUGGUUGUACACUUGUACCGGUGCAUGUGCCGAGUGGCAAACAGACAUGUGGUGGUCAGGUUACAGCCCUUCCUACAGCGAGAAGGGUCCUAGAGUGCAGAGCACGAGACUGAAGAUAGACAUGUUACAGCCUAGGAAUUUUAUCUGGAUGCUGUAUAGCUCCCCCGAGGUACUUCAGGUUGUGCAUCCGGAGGCGUUGGAGCCUCGACACAUGGCGGUGUGGCGGUCUGUCACGUCGCUGAUAUACUUUACCGUUGUAGAGUGGCAUUAA